AUGCUUAUUGUUUUACCAUUUCUUUGCCUCAAAUUAGACUAUGCAUCCAAUCAAAUUAUGGAACGAAUGAACAAUUUUGGCGUAACAUCAAAAAAUUUGUGGCAUGAUAUCAUUUUGAUUAGAAGUAAUGGACGGAUUAAACGUCAAGGUUAUGGCGAAACAUCAAUAAUGAAUUCCGAUGAAACUGAAGGGCAAUGCGGUAGCUGUGUAGAGCUAAGAUGUCCACCAGGUACACCAGGUCCAUCAGGAUUGGAUGGAGAAGAUGGUACAAAUGGUGAACCUGGAAGACCUGGAAAACCUGGAUUAGAUGGAUUAGAUAUCCCGUUGGAACCGGAACCAAGUUCACCUUGCGUAAUUUGUCCAGCAGGACCACCAGGAAAUAGAGGACGACAAGGAGAACCAGGAAGACCCGGAAUACCUGGUGAGCCAGGUCAUCAUGGAAUACCUGGAAGACCAGGUAAAGGAGGUAGGGUAGGCGAUCCUGGACCACCUGGACCUCCUGGUGAGGAAGGUGAGCCUGGCAUUAAGGGUCCACCUGGUGAUGAUGCAAUCGGUGGAACAGGAAUCAAAGGUCCACCAGGAUCACAAGGACCUCGUGGACCCAAAGGUCCACCAGGACCAAAUGGAAUUCCAUCUAGCAAUUUUGGGCCACCAGGACCUCCUGGUGAAAUGGGACCAACCGGACCACCAGGUAAACGAGGUGAACCAGGACCUAAUGGACCAGUUGGACCACCUGGUGAACGUGGUGAACCUGGUGGACACUGCAAAUCAUCAUGUGGAAUUCAAGAAGUUGUAGCUCCAUCUAUUGUUGAAUUAGACAUUUAUGACCCAAAAAAAGACACAAAAGGAAAUUGGAAAACGGCUGGAACAAAUUAUAAACAUAAGCAGUAG